ACCAGUAAAUUCUUUGUUUUGGUUUUCAUUCAGAACUUUGUGAAAAUUGACUUAAAUUUCUUAGUCUGCCUAAGGUUCUUUUGAUUGAAAAUAACUUUCUUAAGAGCAGUGCAGAAUGUCGCACCGCCACCAGGACAUUCCCAUCCGCCCACGCUACGGUUAUGUGGCCGAGGAGAGUGGCCCUGUGGAAGGAGCAGCCAGGAGUUCCGGAUCCGGAGCCACGCCCGCCUCCUCCUACACGGAAAUUCCGUUCCUGGCCCAGUAUCCGGGAGCGGUGCCGGAGCACGUGCUCCAGGAUCUGACGCCCACGGCCACUGGCCAUGCUGCGAUACCCGGAAGCGCAAAGACAAGACCCAACGGCGAGAACUACCUCAACCUGGAUUCCGGCGAGGAUCCAGACGACGAAGACGAUCCCUUGAAGGAGGAGGACAACAGCAACUCGAAUAGCAAUUCCAAGGGCAGUUCCGGCGACAUCGAGAGGCCCAGACUGAAGGCAGAGAGCACUGUGCCCUACGAGCUGGAGGGCGAAACCAGUGACUCAGACGGAAUGCGCCACUUUGUGGCCCACGACCUAGAGGCCAAGUUGCGCGAGCGAGUGACUGCCUCGUCCUACUCCUCGGAGCACACCACGCCCCUGAGCUCCAUGGGUCCCAUUGGAGCCACUUCCGGCAACGGUCUGCUCACGCGGCGGUUCCUGCAGUCGCGCAACAUUCCCGAAGUGGACGGCAGCGUCUUGAGCGACAUCGAACUGGAGGCCCAGUACUUGGCCAGCUCAGUGGACAAUCUGAUGGAGAACCUGGGCAACCUGCUGCACUCGAUCUCCUCCAUAACGGCCGACAACGUGGAGGUCCACCGCAGCGCCGUCAACAAGCUGACGGACACCUUGGACGCGAACAUCAAGUGCCAGUACCAAUUGCUGGCCAAGGCGGAGGAAAUCACCAAGUCGAUGAAACCCACAGAGCAGCUGGGUCAGCGCAUAAGGCAAAUCAAGCGGCUGGUGGACAUGUUGGACAGCACCAUGUAAAAUAUGGCUAAGCUAUCCUGUGAUCAACCAAUCAAAAAGAUGUUGUGUUUCUAGUCAUUCCGUAAAUACAUAUAAUCAGUGUUAUAAAAUCCA